UGCCGUGGAGGCCGCAUGUUUGCUCCAACCAAAACCUGGCGCCACUGGCACCGUAGAGUGAACACAACGCAAAAGCGGUGUGCCAUCUGCUCUGCCCUGGCUGCUUGGGCUUUACCGGCGCUGGUGAUGUCUAAAGGUCAUCGUAUUGAGGAAGUUCCUGAACUUCCUUUGGUGAUCGAAGAUAAAGUUGAAGGCUACAAGAAAACUAAGGAGGCUGUUUUGCUUCUUAAGAAACUUAAGGCAUGGAAUGAUAUCAAAAAGGUCUAUGCUUCUCAGCGAAUCAGAGCUGGCAAGGGCAAAAUGAGAAACCGUCGUCGUAUUCAGCGCAGGGGGCCCUGCAUCAUCUAUAAUGAGGACAAUGGUAUCAUCAAGGCCUUCAGAAACAUCCCUGGAAUUACUCUGCUUAAUGUAAGCAAACUGAACAUUUUGAAACUUGCACCUGGUGGGCAUGUGGGACGUUUCUGCUUUUGGACUGAAAGUGCUUUCCGGAAGUUAGAUGAAUUGUAUGGCACCUGGCGUAAAGCUGCUUCCCUGAAGAGUAACUAUAACCUUCCCAUGCACAAGAUGAUGAAUACAGACCUUAGCAGGAUUUUGAAAAGCCCAGAGAUCCAAAGAGCCCUCCGAGCACCACGCAAGAAGAUUCACCACAGGGUGCUGAAGAAGAAUCCACUGAAAAACCUGAGAAUCAUGUUGAAGCUAAACCCAUAUGCAAAGACCAUGCACCGGAACACCAUUCUUCGUCAGGCCAGGAAUCACAAACUCCGGAUGGAUAAGGCGGCAGCAGCAGCAGCAGCACUAGAGGCCAAAUCAGAUGAGAAGGGGGUUGCAGGCAAGAAGCCUGUAGUGGGGAAGAAAGGAAAGAAGGCUGUUGGUGUUAAAAAGCAGAAGAAGCCUUUGGGGAAAAAGGCUGCAGCUACCAAGAAACCAGCGGCUGAAAAGAAGCCAACAGAAAAGAAACCUGCCACAGAAGAAAAGAAGCCUGCUGCUUAAAUUUAUUUCAUAAAAGUCAAAUCAUUUUGGACAGCUUAUUUUGAAUAAAGACCUGAUCAAAGAGA